AUGGCGGACAUUAUAAGACAUGUUGAGAGUUGGACCUCUCUUUCUAGCGUUUCUUUGCAAGAAUUCAUUGACAAGAAAAUAAUUAUUUGUCUCUGUGACAACAGUAGGAAAGAAGGAUGGGUACUUGCCAUCGACCCAGUGACAUACACCGUGGUUCUACAAGAAGAAACGGAUAACCUCACCUCCAAGAAGCUGACUUUUAUUCUAGGGCAUGCGAUCACGCGCGUUGUUCAAGAGGAAAAUGGAGGUCCCUGUCCGGCAAAGAUUAAUUUCAUUGAAUUGGGAAACUCUAAGGAGUAUUCAGAAGAUGAAAUUUUGAAACGAAAAGGCGAUCUGAUCGAGUGGCUGACGAAGAAUCGAAUUCCAGUUACGGAAAGUUCGGAAGACAAUGCUGUAUUGUCAGUAAUGGGAGUUCUACUUGUGGAACCUCCGUAUGAUCCUGAAAGCUGCAGAUGUGGCAAUGAAAUCGUGUUGGAUCGUAUUCAGAAGCUUAUACGGGCACGAAAAGAUCACGAUUGACUAAAAUGCUCUCCAGAAAUACUUGAACCCAAGAUUGUUCUUAGUGAAGGCUUGUGCUUAGGAGAGCCUCCUUCCAAGCUAAACCAAAUUUAAAGAAACAGCGGAAAUGGUUAACUCUGCCAUUUUGUGACCACAAAUUUGACACUUUUGAGAAAGUACUUCUCACAUGGCCAUCACCUAAUAACCGAUGUCCUCAUAUAAAAUUGAUCACUCUUUGGGGUUGAAGGGUUAAUUUUUUCAAAUGGGGACACAUAUCAAAGACCCAUUGGGACACCAAAUAUGAGAAACUCUUUCCCUUUACAACUUCCACUAGUCUUUAAUGACUAUCAUAUGCAGAAUGUAUCUCUUUGUUUGUUAUUACCCAAAUAUUUAAAAUAUAAUCUAAUACAGACAUUCCACACAAAAAUGUCUAUUUUGUACUGACAUGCUACCUAACAAAUUUCGAUAUAACCACCUGCAAAGCAUCAGUUAAGGAAAGAAUGACAUCAUAAAUUUUAGAGAUAUAGAGGUCUCAAGAGGCUUUAAUGAAAACCUGAAGCUCAGAAUGAAAGCUUACCAGAGAGAAUUAGUCAUUAGAGACUUCACAUUAAGGACAGUUAAUAAUAGUUUCUGCUGAUUUACUAAGUCACAGUCAUGAGUAAAGACAUACUUCAUAAUAAAGCUGGCCAGAUUGCCUUUUUUUUUUAAGGAGAAGCUGAAUUACCCAACAACCUUUCUACUCCAUAAUUCACAAGAACUUUUCCCUAGAUAUUUAACCCGAAUUGAAUUAUUUACUAAAGUAUGAAACCACCUAAGCUUGGUCUAAAAAUAGUAUUACACAUUUUAAUGAAUAAUAACAAAUAAAAAACUACAUGCCAACUCUAAAACUGAAUAGAGAAGCAUACUUUUAAACUUGAAAAAAGCUGUAUAUAAUAGUAGUGAUUUAAAAUGAAACAUCUUUAUCUUAUGAGAAUUUUCAACUCAUUUUAUUACUUAACACAUUAUACUAGUGGAACAGUGUGAUCACUUAGUGAUUGGGUAUCACAUUAAACUCAACUUUUAUAAUUUGAAAUCACUGUAAUAAUGACACUUUUCUCCACUCACAAAUAAGGAAGAUUGAACAGUUUAAUAAAUACAAAGGUCCCAU